AAUGGGACAAAAUCAUUCGGAUAUUAACACUCUGAUAAGAAGACUUUUAACUCCCGAAAAAUUAAAAAAACUGCUGAUUCAAGCGAUACGAACAUCGGAUGUUUCAGCAGUCGAAGUACUACUGCAGUCAGGUGUUUGUCCUAAUUUCCUUAGUGAUGAAGGCAAAACACCUCUGCAUUACGCAGUUUUUUCGGAUGAGGAUGGUGAAAAGAUUAUAGAACUAUUAAUUGAUAACGGAGCACAAUGUGAUAUCCCUGAUACUAGUCGUUAUAAAAGAACCGCACUGUUUGAGGCUAUACACUUUAGAAAAUCUAAAGCAGUAGACGCUCUUCUCCGAAAAGGCAUAUCUACAAAGACUGUAUCUCCGUGCCCUUUGGGAAUGUCUCCUCUUUUAUACGCCUCAAAGUACAGUACAUCCGAAAUGGUUUUAUGCUUUCUAAAAGCUGGCGCUAAUAUCCGAAGCUGCUGGAUUUGGAAAAUAAAUAAAGUCAUUCCAUUAGACAUUGUCACCCACCGAAUAGAACAGACUGCGUUGAAAAAAAAGGGAAGGGGCUCACUAAUUGUUUUACCUAGGUCAAGAUCACCUUCACCUUCCCCUUUGAGAGUGAAAAAUCGCAGGGCCGCGUCUUCCUCACCGGCAAAACUAAAGAGAAGGCGAUUACAGGAAAUACGGAACCAAUUACAGGAAGAAGCUGAGAUUAAGGAAUUCGAAUCGGUUUUUGAUCAAGAGCUUUAUCUUAAUUCAGAGGAGGCGAGUAAAAUCUUAAGGUUACUUCUACAGGCCGAUGGAAGGCCAGAAAUUACUCUCAGGUUAUUACCAGAUGGUGCUACUAGUCGACUUCAAGUUUUAAAACGUCAAUUAAAUCGUCUAUGGUCACAACGUAACCUUGCCACUGAUUUUAUUAUGUCACUAAUCUAUCAUGGUUAUAGGCCAAACGAAGAGCACUUAAUAUUUCUUCGUCAGUAUGAUCAGAAUCUGUAUUCAUCGGUUCGUCAAUUUUUGAAAAAUCCUUUAACCUUGGCCGAACUGGCAUCUGUCACAAUUCGUAAAAACUGUACCAAAAAUGUUAUGUAUUCUGUAAGCAAAUUACUUAAGUAUAAUGAAAAAUUAGCUGCAGUCGUUGAUUUAUUAUAUAUGAAAGAGAUAUUGACACCAAAAGGAGAAGUCAAAGACAAAGAAUAUGAGGGAAGCAUAAGUGCAGCCGGAAAUCUCCGUAGGCCAUUUAAUAUUUUUGGACAAGUUAAUAGAACGGCAUUACCAACACCGGAGGUAUCAACAUUUCCAACACCUCCCCCGUACACAGAAGAUCCACCUCCGGCUUAUGAGGAAAUUGAUAAUAACAGAAUUACGAAUGAAGGAGGGGGCGGAAAUACAUUAGAAAAAAGAAAUAGAAUACCUGGUCCGAUGGGCAUUCCGCUUCUUGGCCCUUUGCAUAAAAUAAGAUCAAAAGCUAUACACAAAACUUUUGAAAGUUGGAGCACGUAUUAUGGACCGUUGAUAAGUAUUAGGUUGUUGGGUAAGAAAAUUAUAAUUGUCAGCGGAGCUGAUGAAAUUAGAACAGUUCUUUCUGGGAAGUCCUUAGAUUUUUCGGCAAGACCAGAAAUGUUUAGGUUCUCUUUCUUGACCGAUGGUCAUACCGGUAUUGCUAUGGGACAUGUUACUGAAGAUUGGCUAAAGAAAAAGAAGAGUGUUGCAAGAGCUUUGAAAAUAGAUAAGUAUGAAGCUGUUACUAAAACAAUUGUCAAAAGACUUUGCGAACUUGGUGAAGAUAGGAGUCAUUAUUGGGAUUUAAACAAAGAUAUUUGCAUUGGUCUAAUUAAUAUUAUGACGUCACUGGUUUUAGGGAAAACUUUUGAUUUUCAUUCAAAAGACUUAUUAGCAUAUAAAUCUGCAAUGGAGAGGUCGGCUGAAGCUUCGUUCAGAUUAGAGGGUGUUGUUUUAGAUGCUUUUCCGCAAUUGAUGCAUUUUAAUUUUCCAAGGCAAAUUUGCAAAACGAUGAAAGAAUGUAGAAAUACAGUAUCAUCAUUUUUAAUCAAAGAAAUAAAUGAUGUCAUAUCAACCUAUAAAGAAGGUACAUGUCGAGGUCUCGUUGAUAGCUUAUAUGAAGAGUAUUUGAAAGAUGGUAAAGAGCCUUUGGAAACCUUUGUAAGAACUAGAUUAUAUCCUAUAUGCUUAGAUGUAAUAUCAGGCGGAUAUAUGACAACUGCAAGAGCUUUGCAAGCACUUAUUUUACUACUACUACACAAUCCUAAAGUUCAGAAGAGUUUACAAGAAGAAGUUGAUUCAAUGGGAAGCGACGAGAUAGAAUUUUCAGACAGAAGAUGUAUGCCAUAUACGAAUGCUACGUGCCUGGAAAUCUUAAGAUAUAUAUCUCAUAUACCUCUUAAUUUACCUCACGUUGCCGUGAGAGAAACGGAACUAGGUGGUGCUACAGUUGAACCUGGAACUCAAGUUUGGACUAACUUUUGGGCAAUACAUCACAAUGAAGAUAUUUGGGGAGACCCCUGGACGUUUAGGCCUGAAAGAUUUAUAGAAGAUGGCGUAUUGGUUAAGCCUGACCAUAAAACAAGAAGGAACUUAUUCGUGUUUGGAGCCGGCCGACGAGUGUGUGUCGGAGAGCAAUUGGCCUUAAACAGGCUAUUUCUAAUAACGGCGUCGUUUUCAAGAAAGUUUACCUUUUACCCAGCCUCCAAUUGCAAAUUACCUUCAUCCGAUCCAAGAGAUUUUGAAUUUGGUGCUAUAUUGAAACCUCCAGAUUAUUUUGUAAGAGCUGUACCAAGGUCAAAAGAGUAG